CAAGCAGCCAUGGAAGUGGGUUUCUCGGGCCUGCCAGAUGUGUCUCAGAGUCAUAGCAAGACCUUGUGGGGGGCUCGGGGCAGGGGCCCCUCCAUACGUCGCCAGCGGGAGUUCAUGCCAGAAGAAAAGAAGGACAGAGUUUACUGGGAGAAGCGGAGGAAGAACAAUGAAGCAGCCAAGAGAUCCAGGGAAAAGCGACGUCUCAAUGAUGCAGCCAUUGAGGGCAGGCUGGCUGCACUGAUGGAGGAGAAUGCCCUGCUCAGGGUUAGUGACAAGUGAGAAGACACUUUUCUGGCCUUGAGUUUCCUGUCCUGGGGUAGGAAUGGGUGUUUGGGAAGAAACAUACUGAAGACCAGACUGAAGGAGGAG